UUAGCAAAUAUGCUCGAUUGCGCCGGCUUGCGUGUCAACGCAUUGGGCUAACUCUACCGACAUUUCAAAAUGUUUGGUUUAUAAACUAGGGUUUCAGACCCAAAAUUAGAGGGCAAAAGCAUUUCAUCGGUGAAAAGGAAAUUUAGAUUUUGGAGAGAGAGGGGAAACGAAGUAACGAUGUCGUAUCUGCUACCACAUCUGCACUCCGGAUGGGCUGUAGAUCAGGCCAUCCUGGCGGAGGAAGAGCGUCUCGUUGUCAUCCGAUUCGGCCACGACUGGGACGAAACCUGCAUGCAGAUGGAUGAAGUGCUUGCUUCAGUUGCCGAAACGAUAAAGAACUUUGCUGUGAUUUAUCUUGUGGACAUAACAGAAGUGCCUGAUUUUAACACAAUGUAUGAGCUGUACGAUCCUUCCACGGUCAUGUUCUUCUUCAGAAACAAGCAUAUUAUGAUUGAUCUUGGCACUGGAAAUAACAACAAGAUUAACUGGGCUCUCAAGGACAAGCAGGAGUUCAUAGACAUUGUUGAGACUGUAUACCGUGGGGCAAGGAAGGGUCGUGGUCUAGUAAUUGCUCCAAAAGAUUACUCUACUAAGUACCGCUACUGAGUAUUCUUGCAAGCUGUAGUGGAUCAGAUAGAUAUAUGAUCUACUUUUGCAAACUUGAUGCAGAGUAUUUCAUUAGAAAUUAUCUGGAUGUGAAUGUCAUUGGCAAUGAUUGCAUGUAUUUGGAAGAUGAAAAUUUGAAGCAUUUCUUGUGUUUGUGAUGCAUGUUACCGGUAUAGCAUCUUGUGCUUGUACUACAGACAUUCGAGCGCUGCACUGCUACCGAAAGGUAUGGUAUGUGAAAGCAUGAAAUUAAAUAUCAAUUCUAAUA